AUGCUCUUUCAAUACCCACAUUUCAAAUUCAGUUAUGCGGAGGUUGUCUAUCAAGUUCCUCUAAAGGAAAAUCAUGUCUUGAAGAGAAAUGUGGAUCAACAGCUAAGAAUUAAGAUUAUAUAUGACAGAAGUGUUGAGGAUUUGCUACCUGAGAAAAGACACCUUAUAAAGAACAAACUUUUUCCACAAGCUAUAUCUUAUUUGGAGAAGACAUUUCAAGUGUGCAAAUCCACAGGUACUAUAUUACUAAGCAGGCAGUGUGCGACAAACCAAUAUUUAAGGAGGAAAGCUGACCCUCACAGAUACUGCCGAGGAGCCUGCGCAGACCAUACAAGAUGUGGGCCAGUUAUAGUUCCUGAGAAACACCUCCAGCAAUGCAGGGUGUGCAAUGAGAAUGAAUGGCACUGCGGACCCACUGGCUUACCUGACCAAGAAGGGGUUCGAGAUGCUGACUUCGUACUUUAUGUUAGUGCUCUCACUACUGAAAGGUGUGGCCAUGAAAAUAUCAUUGCGUAUGCAGCCUACUGCCAACUGGAAGCUGAAAUGGACAGGCCAAUAGCAGGCUAUGCUAACUUGUGUCCAAAUAUGAUUUCAACGCAAGCUCAGGAAUUCGUUGGCAUGUUGUCUACAGUGAAACAUGAGAUUAUCCAUGCACUGGGUUUCUCUGCUGGACUGUUUGCAUUUUAUCGUGAUGAUGACGGAAAACCUUUGACAACAAGAUAUGCAGAUGGACUCCCUCCUUUUAAUGAAAGUCUAGGUUUGUAUCAGUGGAGCAAUAAAGUCGUUCAUAAAGCAGUGAGGUUAUGGGACAUACGCGGUGGCAAAAUGCUGCACCAUGCUGUUUAUCUUCUGAUAACACCUCGUGUAGUUGAAGAAGCUCGAAAACAUUUUAAUUGUCCAAUUCUAGAGGGAAUGGAGCUUGAAAAUCAAGGUGGCAUGGGUACUGAGCUCAAUCAUUGGGAGAAGAGAUUGUUGGAGAAUGAAGCAAUGACUGGAUCCCAUACACAGAAUCGAGUCUUUUCCAGGAUCACCCUAGCAUUAAUGGAAGACACAGGCUGGUAUAAAGCAAAUUACAGCAUGGCAGAGAAAUUAGAUUGGGGACGCAAUAAAGGCUGUGACUUUGUAAUGAAGAGCUGUAAAUUCUGGAUCGACCAAAAGAGACAAAAGAGGCAAUUAAUCAGUCCAUACUGCGACACUUUGAGGAGUAAUCCUUUGCAGUUAACCUGCAGACAGGACCAAAGAGCAGUAGCAGUCUGCAACUUGCAGAAGUUUCCAAAGCAGUUACCUCAGGAAUAUCAGUAUUUUGACAAUCUUAAUGGAGUACCAGCAGAAGAAUUGCCUUAUUAUGGUGGCUCAGUAGAAAUUGCUGACUAUUGUCCCUUUAGUCAAGAAUUCAGUUGGCAUUUAAGUGGUGAAUUUCAACGCAGCUCAGACUGUAGGAUAAUUGAAAACCAACCAGAUCCUACCAAAAACUAUGGCGCAGAGAAAUACGGACCAAACUCUGUAUGUCUUAUUCAGAAAUCUGCUUUUGUCAUGGAACAGUGCAGGAGGAAACUCAGUUACCCUGACUGGGGUAGUGGAUGUUACCAAGUUUCUUGUUCUCCACAAGGGCUGCAUGUUUGGGUCAAGGACACUGCGUACUUGUGCAGCCGCUCAGGUCAGGUAUUAACUGUGAGCAUUCAGAUGAAUGGCUGGAUACAUGUUGGGAAUCUGAUUUGCCCAGCCUGUUUGGACUUCUGUGAUUCCUGUCCCCCGGAGCGGGAUCCUCCAGCUUUUAACUUAACAAGAGCUGCACCAGUCGACUUAUGCUCCUGCUCGUCUAGCCUGGUUGUAACCCUUUGGCUGUUGAUGGCUAACUUAAUUCCCCUGCUAACAGGAUUAUUUCUCUGUGCAUAG